CGGUGUCGUUUUGAGUAGCGAAGGAAAUCGGUGAAGAAAACUCGACCGAGAGGGUACAGUUCCUUCCGCAUUGUUCGUGCUUGCGAGUCCCACCUCUCUUUCUCUCUCUUCUGUAAUACCGUGAUUUCAGUACCUUAGAGAGAGAAACUUCAGAGAGAAGAAUUCGAUUCGGAUCAGGAACAAAAACCAAGAUAUGGAUUGCAGAAGCAGAGAGUUCCCAUCCAAUGACAACCCUUCUUCUUCUUCUUCUUCACUGAACGAAGCCUUGCUUUUCGCCACUAUGUGCAUCAUUGGUCUUCAUGUCGAUGUUCAUGUGAAAGACGGCUCUGUUUAUUCUGGAAUCUUCCACACUGCCUCUGUCGAGAAUGAAUACGGUAUUGUUUUAAAGAAAGCGAGAAUGACUAAAAAAGGGCAAGGCAAUUCAAAUAUAGUAAAUGGGGAAGUGAUAGAUACACUUGUAAUUCUUUCAGGUGACCUUGUUCAAGUUGUUGCAAAGGGGGUUCAGCUUCCAGCUGAUGGUUAUGCUGGGAAUGUGGCUUGUAACAAUGCUGAAGCUGUUCUGGAGUCUAUUCCUUCUGCAGAAUUUUCAGUGAAUGAUGUUGAGAAAUCUAUCAAGUCCACUGUGUGUAGAGAGAAUGGUGAACAGUUAAGCAGGAACUCAAUGGAAAAUGAGAAUGGAUUUCUUCCAAGUUUGAUGCCCUCAAAUGCUAAAAAGGAUCUUGAGGGGAGAAAUGUUGCCGAGAUUAAAGACACCUCUGGUGCUGCAAAUGAUGGGAGACAAUGUGGAUAUGAUGGAUUGCAAGAGUUUUCUAAGGAAGAAAGUGCUACUAAAGAUUUAGGCUCAAGUUCAACCUGUGUCACCCAGAUAAAUCCUGCCAAUGAGAGACAGACAGCUACAGCAGAGAAGCUACUACCUUCUGGAGCAUCUUGUGGUCCUCAAUCACUAAGAGCAGAUCUUUUUAAUGGAAGGAAUACUUCGGUUUCAUCAAGUGUCUCUACUUCAACAAGUUCAGUUGGGGAUGUUACCUCAGAGUCUUGGCAUAAGUCAGUAGCAACAACUCAAACGGACCAGCCUCAAAUUUCACAAUCUCAUAAUAGAAGUGCUAAGGAAUUUAAACUCAACCCAGCAGCCAAAACAUUCUCCCCAUCUUUUACAAAUUCCACAUCAACAACUCCUGCGAUACAAACAGUUGCUGGCUUAGGUUAUAUGCCAAACCACUCUUCUGCGACACCUGUUCCUGCCCAGUCAGAGCUUGGAUUAAGCCCUUUUGGAUCUCAUGCAUCUGUACCUGUUAAGAUUCUCCCUUACGGUAAUUUUCCAACUGGAAAUGUUGUCGCGGCUUCUCAGUUUCCACAACCUAUUGUGGGACAUAUGGGAAGCAGGAUGCAACCACUUAGAUAUUCUAGCCAAUAUCCUAUUCAGGCUGGACCAGGCAUUGUGCAUCCAAAUUCUCAAUCAGUCAUGGUUGGACGACUUGGGCAGCUAGUUUAUGUACAUCCAGUUUCUCAAGAGAUGGUUCAGGGUGUGACAGCUCUCUCUUCACCAUUUGCACGUCCAUUGUCAUCUCCCCAUCAAACUCAGUUUCCAAAGCACCAAGGAACUACGGCAGCAGGCCAAGCAAUGCAGCUAAGAGUUGCUCCACCUUUGAUAGCCAGUGGAGAGCAACCCUAUGCAGUGCCACUCCCAAUUCCGAUUUUGCAACAGCCGGUCCUUUCUAAUCGGUAUAUUCAUGUUCCAGGAUCUAACAACCUCUUGAACACAAAAUUUUUGUGAACAUUUUUGUGUCCUGUUUGAUUGGUCUUUCUAGUUCCUCAAAUUAUUACUAUUUAAAAAAUAUCCAGAAGUUUUGACAUGAUCAUUAUUGGUUGAAGAAGAGUGAUAGUAUAGGCUGUAUUCAUUUACUGUUUUCUUCACACAAGAAAGAACUAUACAAGGUUGAGUUUUGUAAGAAAUGGCUUGAAAGUAAUGUAAUAUUUGUUUUGAGGGGUGAGAGCUCUCAAUGAUGUUUCUGAAGAACUUAACUGCUUGCUGUUUCAACUUUCAAGUUCAAAUAGUUUCCAUAGAAA